UUUUAUUUUUUAGAUGUUCUUCCCUUUUAACAGGGCUACUUUUGGAUGCUUAGAACAUGCAGGUUAUUUUUUUAAUAUUAGAAUUUGCAAGGCUAUAAUUGCCGAAUCAGAAAUUUGUAAAGUAUCAUAUUGAUCUGCAUAAGUAAAAACAUGCAAUGUUGAUGUUUGGGAUUGGAAGAGUAGAUUUGAAGUGAGUGGUGUGGUGCUAAUUGGUUGCUGGGUAUUAGUUAGGUUAAUUGUAUAGAUGAUUAUCUAGAUACUUCUUACACGGUUUGUUAACCGUUCUUUUGAAGUGCUUGAAGUUUGGAACUUUUAAAAGAUAGGGAAGUGAAGAGACUUUUCGCAUGUAUACUCAAGGUGCUUGGGCAUGUUUUUAUACUUGACUUGUAUCUAUGCGGCUUUGUGGAGGUUAUAUAAGCAAAUUAUAUUGAUGUGGGUUGUUGCAUGAACUUCAGUUUCUUCAGUAUUUCAGUUGGGAAAGGUGAUAAUUGCAGCUGGUGGCAAUGCCGGAAGCUACAGGGGAGUGAGAGUGAUAGGGUUAUCUUGCCAAUGAACUUGAGAUAUGGAUGGCUUGUUAUAAUGGGAUCAGUCUCAAUGUCUCUUUUUCAAGCAAGAAAUGGAGUUAUCUCUGAUAGGCCUUCAGAAUGCUGGAAAAACAUCCCUAGUUAAUGUAAUUGCGACUGGUGGAUAUAGCGAAGACAUGAUCCCAACGGUAGGAUUUAAUAUGAGGAAGGUAACUAAAGGAAAUGUCACAAUAAAGUUAUGGGAUCUUGGGGGUCAACCACGUUUUCGGAGUAUGUGGGAGAGAUACUGCCGUGCUGUUUCAGCUAUCGUUUAUGUUGUGGAUGCUGCCGAUUACGAUAACUUACCUGUGUCAAGAAGGGAACUUCAUGACCUGUUAAGUAAAUCCUCACUGAAUAGCAUUCCCCUGCUGGUGCUGGGAAACAAGAUUGACAAACGGGGAGCCUUGUCCAAGGAGAAUUUGACAGAGCAAAUGGGGCUCAGGUCCAUUACAGAUAGAGAAGUUUGUUGCUUUAUGAUUUCAUGCAAGAACUCAACCAACAUUGAUACGGUGAUUGAUUGGCUUGUGAAGCAUUCAAAAUCAAAGAAUUGAAGUUUCAAUGUUCCUGUACUUUCCAGCUUGUGAUUAUAAUCAGCAAUAGUUACUUGUUCGUCCAGGGUGGUCAAAUAUGACUUUGCUGUCUGUCUAACAGGGUCUGUCCAUGUCUGACCAUUGUCUUAAUUUUCCAACUUGGAUUUGAAUCAUAAUUCAUAAUUGUUAUAUAUUGUUUGGGGUGGAGGAAUGGGUUUUGGUGGGUGACUCCGGCAUAAAUUAAAUUUGUUUGCAUCCUUUUAUGUACAGAUUUUGCAUUGUAAACAUGGUACAUGUGUUGCGGUUUUGAAUCAAAUAAAGGGUUUUGAUGCAAUUUUAGUUCCA